CAACAAUUAAAUUUCAAUCCAUUAAUACCACAUGCAUUAAUGUGUUUACCUUUGUACUUUGUACAUCAGGAAUAUCACCUGAAGUUGACACCAAUAUUAUUAUAUGCCAUUCAAUAUUCCAUUUUCCUUUGCUUACUUGACACACUACAAGUAAUAGCAUAAGCCCCCUUUACCUCACCUCACCUUACCUUACCUUGCAAUAACAUGCCAUCCAUGGCCGACCGACCACCGCCGCACGUUCGCCCGGGCCCCAGCAAAACGACGCGCAACAACACGACGGGAGUGCGGCGCAACCUCUUCCAGAGCCAGCUCACGAAGCGACCGACCCCAACCUCCUCCUCCAACAACUCCGCCGAGACCCUGCGCCUUGCCGAAGUGGAAGUGCUGUCCGAUACGUCUGAGAUUGUGAUCCGCGACAAGAAUGGCGAGUUCGACAUUGGCGAUCCUCCGACCCCCACGCUAGACGACUCGGAAGAGGGCGUCGGGCUAGAUGAUGCGCAAGAGAGCGAACGCGAAAGGCAGAGACUAGCGGAAAUAGUCAAGCACCACCAAAUAAAUCACAACCGGACCACUGCGCAGCCCGAAGAAGAGGUUAUUGAAGCUCUCCGAGCCAGCAUGAGAGCUAAGGUGGCAGCAUUAGCCGAAGACAAUUGGAUGUACGAGCCCGAAGAACAGCAACGAUCACAAUGAGAUUUGUUACGAACAGUCGUAGUCAUA